AUUGAUUAUCCCUAUCGAGAACCAGGAUGGUCGGGCAACCCUGCCGACGGACAAGCCUUUGGCCAAGCCCCAGUGAAUCUGGGCUCCAACAAUCCCUUCAGGAACCGUGCCCUGUCGCCUUCUGCCAGCUCUUUCGCAUCGGCCAGCGGUCACUCCGAACGGCGAACCUCAACAAACCCCUUUGAGGAAGACUCGUAUUCACCGCAGUCGGCCCCAGUCAUGGCCUCCCAAGACAUGUCGUCAAACACCCGCGAGCUCUUUGAGAACCUCUCGAUAAAUCCCGCUCCCCAGAACACUGGUUAUAGACCAGCCCCGCCCCGCCCGGAGAAGCCUGCACAGAAUGGAUAUUCGACCAACCGUGUCCCUCCGCCGAGGGAACGCCUAGAGCGCCGCGAAAAGGAUUCGCUAGACAUCUUUGCUGAUCCUCCCAAAACAAGCAAUGGCGUCAGGCCUGGCCACAGAGACCGGAGACCUCGUCGCAAUUCGGAGUCUUCGAUCAUGGAACGGACUCCAAAGCUGGUGGACACCGAGGACGAGAGACGGCGUCGCGAGCGACGACGCCGGGAGCGGGAGCGGGAGGCUCGCCACAAGGAUGGAAAGGACGUCAAGGAUGUAAAGGAUGGAAAACACAAAUCGAAGAAGUCCAACUAUCACAUGGACAUCAUCGAUAAGCUGGAUGUAACCAGUAUCUAUGGCACAGGAAUGUUCCAUCACGAUGGGCCUUUCGAUGCCUGCAAUCCCAACCGUAACCGCAAGGGCGUGCGCACUGCACCGAUGCAAGCAUUCCCCAAGGACUCGGCCAACAUGGCCCUUGGGGGUUCGGGUCCCAACAAUUCCAACAUUGAUCUCAAUCUGUUCCACGGGCGCACGGAACAGGGCUACAACGACUUCGCUGCAAGCGCCGCACCGGACCCUCGUAGAUCUGAAAAUCCGAACUUCGACCCGACCGCUCGCAUUGAGCCAAUCCAUGGAGCGGAGAGCAUGGGACUGGGGACCAGUACAUUCUUGGAAGGUGCCCCCGCAAGCAAGGCCGACAUUCAGCGCCGUGGAAGUGGACAUGAUGUCCUGGCCGGCGGGGCCGGACCAAGUGCGGGAGGCUUGCAGCGAAAGAAGAGCUUGGCUCAAAGACUCCGAGGAAUGAACAAACCCUCGAAUGGCCGGGUGGUAUCUCCCGAGGGCUCCUACACCCCAGCUGUACCUACCAGCUCCGGUCAUAUUGGGACUAUCCGUGCCAAUGAGAAGAACCCCUUCUUCCAGGAUUAUGACGACGCAUGGGAAAAGAAGGGCGCUCAGAUCAACAUGUCCGAAGAAGCACGUGGCACCGGCGGCGCGCGAGCUCGCUCGUCCAGCAGCCCCAAGCAGCCCACCGGAUUGGAGCGCAGGUUCACCAAUGAACGAUCCUACACCGGAUUCGAGGAGGGCAAGCCCAGCGGUGGCGGCGGUGGCGGCUUCAUCAAUCGCAUGAAGAGUCUGAGAAAACCCCGUCCUGAGAGGCGUAUCAGCAACGACUGA